GUGCACAAACAUACAAGACAACCAGCUGUUAAGUGCAACCAUGGACCUCGCGACGGGGGCCAUGGGCAGCCUGCUCCUCAAGCUUGGCAAGCUCCUCAUGGAGGAGUACAAGCUGCAGACCAACGUCAAGGAAGAUGUUGAAUAUCUCAAGAGAGAGCUGACAAGCAUGUAUGCUGCCCUACGUAAGGUGGGGGGCAUGCCACGUGACCAGCUCGACGACCAGCUCAAGCUCUGGGCCAACGAAGUCAGGGACUUGUCGUUCAUAAUGGAGGACAUCGUCGACAAGUUCCUGGUGCGCGUCGAGGGAGCUGAGCCAGCCAUCAAGCCACGCAAACUCAAGAAGCUCAUGAAGAAGAUGGGGAACUUGUUCAGGAAGAACAAGACUCACCAUGAGAUCUCCGAUGAGAUCAAAGACAUCAAGGGCCGCGUCAAGGAGGCAGCUGAACGACGUGAUAGGUACUGGGUCAACGAUGUGGUUGUUAAUCCAGUUGGCUCAAUCAAUGUUGACCCUCGCCUAUUGGCUUUGUACAAGGACCAGAAAGAGCUUAUUGGUAUUGAUGAUUCAUUGAAUGAGCUAACUAAGAUGAUGUGUGAUGGAGAUGGUGAUGCGUGCAAGCAACUGAAGAUACUCUCUAUUUUCGGGUUUGGAGGCCUUGGCAAGACAACUCUUGCCAAAGCAGUGUAUGAUAAGCUCAAACCACAGUUUGGUUGCUGUGCUUUUGUUCCGGUAGGACGGAACCCUAGCCUAAAAAAACUUCUCAAUGACAUUCUCUUUGGAAUUCACAAGAAAAAGUACACGGAGUUGGAUGAAAGGGAGCUGAUCGACAAACUCCGAGAAUUACUUGAGAACAAAAGGUACUUGAUUGUUAUUGAUGACAUAUGGGAUAAAAGAACAUGGAAACUAGUCAAGACCGCUUUGCUAAAACCGCUUUCUCUUGAUUUAUCGAAGGAUUUGUUUCAUAGAAGAUUAUCUUGUGGUGAAAUAGAAUGGUCUAAUCAUCUGCCGGCAGAGGUAUACAAUAAAAUUUUACAUAAAUGUGGUGGUGUACCAUUGGCUAUAAUCACAAUAGCUAGUUUGCUUGUCGGUAAACCUGUGGAGGUUUGGUCUAAGGUAUACACUUCAAUUGGUUUUGGGCAUGAAGAAAACGAAGACGUGGAGAACACGAGAAAAAUACUUUUAUUUAGCUAUUAUGAUCUACCUUGUUACCUAAAGACUUGCUUAUUGUAUCUAAGCAUAUAUCCUGAAGACCAUCUUAUUGAUAAAGAUAGUUUGAUAUGGAAGUGGGUCGCCGAAGGUUUUAUCCAUGAGGAACCAGGGAUAGGACUAUUCGAGAUUGGCGAGAGAUACUUCAAUGAGUUGGUAAACAAAAGCAUGAUAAUGCCUGUAGAGAUACCACAUCAUGGCAUCAUAACUGGUUGUCGUGUCCAUGACAUAAUGCUUGACAUGAUAUGCCUAUUGUCAAAGGAAGAAAACUUUGUUACCGUAUUGGAUAGUAACGAGAAAUAUACAACUUCUCAUUGCAAUGCUCAUAGGCUAGCUGUUGAUCGUAGAGUCCAACCCCUGGCUAGCAUAUCCACAUCACGGGUAAGGUCACUUAAUGCCAUGUGCGGUGCUGAGAUGUUGCCAUCAUUUUCAUGCUUUGAAGUUUUGCGUGUCCUAGCUUUGGAAGGCCCCACUAAUUCAUGCAAUCCUAAUUAUCUUGAGCAUGUUGGAAAGUUAGUUCACUUGCGGCACCUCAAACUAGCGAGCAUGGGUAUCUGUGAGGUCCCAAAGGAAAUAGGAUAUCUAAAGUUCUUGGUGGUAUUGGACUUGGGUCGAAAUAGCAUAAGUGAACUUCCAGAGAGUAUUAGUCGUCUAAGUCAACUCAAGUGCUUGAACAUCUGCGAAACAGACAUUGAAGUGCCAUGUUGGAUCGGGAAUUUGACUUCUCUGGAAGAGCUAUGUCUAUAUAAAGUUGAUGAGCAAUCAAACUUUGUGACAGAAGUUGGCAAGUUGACAGAGUUGAGGAAACUCCGCAUUUCUAACACUUUAGAACUGUGGCGUGACAGCGAAAGGAAUGCUUGGGAGGAGUCUGUAGGUAAAUUGAAUAAGAUCCAAGUCAUUGACAUUAAUCAUAUUGGCUCAUUUAGAAUUCCUGGUGAUGAGAGCCCCUGGGGACGGUAUGCCCUCUCUCCGCAACUUCGUGUUCUGCGCAUGGCCUAUGGAGAACCUGGGCUGGUGGCAAGGAUCAAUCCCCGACUUCUUCCAAACCUCUCACAUUUGGAACUAUUUGUAUACACUUCGGAACUGGACGUCUUCGGAAGAUUUCAAGAGCUUGUUACCCUCAAGCUGUGCACGUGGUCAGCUCUCCACCACGACACCAUGGGCGGUGCGGGUGCAUUCCCCAAGCUGAGGGUAUUCAAGACAGAAGCAACGAUUGGUUCGUUUCUAGAGGGAGAUAUGCCCAUCCUUGAAUCUCUCCAGUUCCGCGUGGUUGCGCAGUCCAAUGAUGACGGCAUCAGCUUUGACUUUGACUUUGAUAGCCUAAGGAACCUCCCUUUGCUUCAGUCCGUCAGAGUCUUUUUAUUUGCCCAUCCUCCGGAGCACAAGAAGGCUGAGGAAAUGGUGAGGCGUGCAAUUGAUAUGCUUCCAAACCGUCCCAGCCCUCGCAUCCAUUCAUAUGAUAUAAUAAUAAAUAGGAGGUAA